AAACUGGGUUUACCAGUAUCGUUUUGACUUUGCUUUUUAACUUGUAAAGAAUAUGGAAAUUGUUCUUAUGUGUUCACGUUACCAUUUUUGCCUUAUGCGUCAACAUUUUGUCUGCCAAAGCAUAUUGAACGGCUAAAUAAUUGUAUUUUAUUUUUCUUUUUGUAUUGUUCAGGUGAGAGCGCUUCGAAAUUUAAGGUAUUAUAGUUAGUUAAAUAACUAAAUAUAAUUCUAAUUUAUAAAAGAAAGAGUCAUCGAAAAGACAAAAGCUUACCCAAGGGGGUAAAGUAGAUACGCGUUUCGUGACCAAGGCAAAUAGGUCAAAAUAAGCACUGAGACGACGAUGGAGAGAGAUAAAUAGAGGGAGAUUUCGCAGCACCAACGUCGUAGUUUCUCAUGGCCUUCGAAACGUUUUUCAAUAUUACGUGAUCCUCGAAGAAAUCUACUACAUAUAAAAAUAAAAUAAAUCGAACAUACAAUACCAUUGCAAGAGAGAAUUAUUUUCAGAAAGAAACUUGAUUUGUUUUCUUCCUAAUAUGGAGAAGAGGAGAAGAGAAGGUAUGAUAACGGAGGCAGAGAUGGAGGCAGCUCAACAUCUGAUGGAGCUAAGCGACGAAGAGACUAGUCUCGAUAUAAUCAAGAAGAGGAAGAUUGAGGAAUUAUUCGGUAAAGAUGAUGUUUAUCAAGAUCAAUGCACGAAAGAAAUGGUGAUCGUGAGAGUAUUGUCAUCGAACAAGAAGAGAAAGAAGAUUAGGACGCUCGAGAGCAUUUACAAGGCCACGCGACCUAUGAGGGUCGUGAUAAGAUGAUGAAACAACUCUCUUUUAGGUUUGAUAUCUUAGAGUUCUGUGUAUUGCAUUAGAAUAAUGGUCUUGUUUGAGCAUUUGCAUGGCGACGAGACCCACAUAUCAUGAUCGUCACUGGAUGAUGAAACAAACUAAUGAAACUCAGGGAUCUGUUAUUACAUUAUCAUCUUAUUUGUUAACUCUUGUAGAUAGUUCGAUGAAUAUGAAUGAAGGUUAAA